CGGCUGGACCCGGCACGGACUGAGCGUUGCACCAGCCCCACCAUGGAGACAAAGAACGGCACGCCAGCCGCGCCCGGCGCAGAGGAGGAGGAGGAGCAGGACUGGGACAUGCCGGUGCCCCCUGACGGCGGCUGGGGCUGGAUGGUCGUCUUCGCCUCCUUCAUGAUUCACGUCAUCGCCGAUGGCGUCAUGUACACCUUCGGCAUAUUCUACGUGGACAUCAGCAGUCACUUCAAGGCCAGCAAAGCGGAGACUUCGUGGAUCGCCUCUAUUAUGGUGGGCGUCACAUUUGGUGCUGGUCCGCUGGUCAGUGGCCUGGUGAACAGGUACGGCUGCAGGCCGGUCUGCAUCGCCGGGGCCUUCACGGGCGCGUUUGGCUUUGUGCUGAGUACACUGGCCAAGAACGUCGAGACCAUGUACGUCACCAUCGGGCUCGUCCUAGGCAUCGGCCUGGGCCUGAUAUACCUCCCAGCCAUCGUCAGUGUGACCUGUUACUUCGAGAAGAAGCGCUCCUUCGCGACAGGCAUCGCCGUGUGCGGCUCCGGACUCGGCACCUUCAUCUUCGCACCGCUGACCGAGAGCCUGGUGAGCAGUUACGGCUGGAAGAGCGCCAUGCUGAUCCUGGCGGCUGUGCUGUGCGGCUGCUCGAUCUUCGGCGUGCUGUUCCGGCCGCUGGAGCCGGUGCGCGCUCCCACACGGCAGCCAGAGAUCACCAACGGCGUAUUGAACAAGCCCGUGCUUCGGGUGGCCGCUGAAGAUCUGGCGUUGAACGGUAGUGCGUCCAAGCGCCCCGUGCCGAGAAACCUGACCGACAGUGACCUACCCGACCAGCAGAGGGCAGCGCCCCUGGUGGUGCUGCCCGGCAAGUCGGAGGUGGGCCGAAUGGCCACCUCUCAGCCUCUGCUGGCGCGCCCGGCGCCCGGCGGCCAGCGGUUCGGCUCACAUGACGUCAUGCACCUGUCGCAUGCUCCGGGCGGCGGCGGCACCGGCCGACGCUCCUCCACUCACCUGGAGGUGAUGCGCCGCAAGGACAUCUUCUACAGCGGCAGUCUGCUCAACAUUCCUCAGUACAAGUCGAACCAGGGAGAGUACGAGCAGGAUGUGUCGGCGGCGCCGGCCGACCCGGCCGCGCGCGCCAUCGUCUGCGGCUGUAUCCAGUGUCCGGCGGACGUGGCCGACACACUGCACGACAUGAUGGGCUUCGCGCUGCUCAAGGACCCCGUCUUCCUCACCUUCGCAAUCUCUAACUUCUUCACCAGCAUCGGCUUCAACGUGCCGUACAUCUACAUCGUGGACAAAGCGAUCCACUCGGGGCUCGACAGGGACCGCGCCAGCUUCCUGCUGUCCAUUGUCGGCAUUAGCAACACGCUGUCGAGGAUCAUCCUCGGCUAUAUAUCAGACCGUCCCUGCGUGAACCGGCUGUGGGUGUACAACUGCGCGCUCACCCUGUCCGGCCUAGCGACGGCGUUCAGUGCCUUCUGCACAAGCUUUGCUACCCUGGCAUUCUACGCGGCCGUCUUCGGCUUCACAAUCGGCGCGUACGUGGGCCUGACGUCCGUCAUCCUGGUGGACUUACUCGGCCUGGACAAGCUGACCAACGCCUUCGGCCUGCUGCUGCUCUUCCAGGGCGUGGCCUCGCUCAUCGGUCCGCCGAUUGCCGGUGGGCUGUUCGACGCCACCCAGUCGUACGACCCGGGCUUCUACGUGGCCGGCGCCAUGGUGGCCAUCAGCGGGGUGAUGCUGUUCUUCAUCCCGUGUGUGCGCCGCUGCGCUGGCGCCGACGUACGUCGCCAGCCGGCCGGCACGCGUCUGGCCGAGCCGGCAGCCUGACGCGGCCGCCCAAAGAUGGCAGCAGGGGCGCGCCGCCACACUGUACCUGACGGGGGGAGAGGGCUGCGCCAGUGGUGCCACCUGCGGCCGACAGACGCUCGACGGCGCGAGGGCGCCGGCCGGCGGGCCGUCCAGUGCUGCCUUCGGUGACCUUAUCGCGACAUAGACCUAUUUUCGUACCGGGGCGUCACUGGUGACGGCCACGUUUGUCGCGCGUGAGGACCGCUGUUCUUCUAGACCCGUGCCGCUCGAGUUCUAUCGAGUGUGCAGAGCUCACAAGCCCCGGCCGCAGUCGGUCGGGAGCCGGGACGGGUACCGUCUAAGCUGUGCCAAACGCUGAGUCGCUCCUACCGGAAGCUUAUUCAGGCCUUUAACAAUCGAUCGACGGUAUCACAGGUGGCAUCUUGCCCUGCAGCACCGGCUAUUAAGCAAUCCGUGGCCGCUUGUGGCUUCUUGGAAACCCUGUUAAACGUAUGAUUUCUCACUCGAUAUUAAGUAGUACCAAGUGUGUAAGUGGUGUUAUUCGCUCGCAAAAAUAAAUGACUUCUGGUAUGCGGCAUCGCACAUUGCGAGGAAGCAACGGGUUUCUCCUCUACCUACCCAUCUGCCAUGAACAGCUCGCCAAGAGAUCCCCGUCCUCAGCAUAGAGUCAUAUAAACCCAUUUUUGUCAUUCAGAUUGCGAAUUAACGUUUCCAAGCCACAGCGCUCCCUCUUACGAGGCAUGACCACCACUGAACACCAAAAGGUAAGCGAGAAUGAUAAAAAUGAAAUUUCUUUUGAGUGAAGAUAAGCAAGGGUCAAAAUAUUGAGCACCAUUAAUGUAUCUGUCAUUUAGCACUACAGCAUUGUUAAGUCAGCCUCUCUUGGUAUCUUAAAGAUAGUUAGCACUAGAUAAAAACUCUGAACUCAUAAUGCCAAGCAAUGAAAUGAUGGAAAACACUCAAGCUAACAGCAUGGGUGGCAUAAGUGGUGUAGCGAUGCUGCAUAGGUAUGUGCGUAUACGUAAGAUGACCAGAAGUGUUCAUCGCCCAGCGUGGAGACCGGUAAGCCACGAACACUGCCACAGCAGUCUGCUAAGAAUGAUGUUACCGUGGCAGGCGAUAGCUUUCGACAUCGCUAUCAAUACACAAGGACCUACUCUCUGCACGUCACAAUACGAGUUGUCUUAUGCUGCCAUAGUUGUAGGCAGAUACCAUUUGAUUUUAAUAAUACCACGGGGCGAUUGGCUACUUGUCUUAUCUUGGCUUGUUGUCAAAGUGCCUUGUCAUAUGCCGUAUUUUGUUUUCAACAGCAGCGUUUAAAAAAAGCGCUGUUCACCAACACCUGUCUGGUUUGCAAAAGUCUGAACGUAAUCCGGCCCAAUUAGAAUAAUGCAUAUAUAAAUGCAUUUCUAGGCAAUGAUCUUAUCACUUUCGAGGAAUGAUCUCAUCACUUUUUUUAGCGUGAAGACAUCCACUGUCAACAUUUUAGUAACGUCCAUUAUUAGCCUGCUCUCGGUAUCCAGUCGCUUACUGCCUUAUUCAACAGUCACACCAAAGAUGAGUAUUACAUUUUGCACACGUAGCUUUCUCGUGAAUUUUAAGCCAGGUCUUUUCAAAAGUUUUUGAGACGUUCUAGUCGGUCAGUGCCCCUUACUACCACAAAGAUAUCGUCUGCGUAGCGACAGUAAGUGUACGGUCUAGUUUAAUCUCGUCAGGUCUCAAGUCAGCUAAAUAAAGUCUCGAAGGCUGCUAACUUCGUUCCAUACACCACAUUGGCAUAACCACAAGACACCCUCACAACGUCUUACAAUGCUCUUACGCGACAAGGCACCUCUGGAGCACAUGUGCUCUGAAAAUGACAGGACAUUGACACGACAACCACUGGCGAACGACAAUGAAAUUCUUCAGACAUGCAAUGAAAGAAGACGGAUUCAAAUUUAAGAAAGCAUAUUUAUCAACGAAUACUCCCCAGCUCUGUACGAACAAACUAUUGCUCACCUCUUCAGUUACUGGGCGGUGGGCUGUAGUUACUGUACAUUUGGUUGUGGUUAUGUAUCUUUGAAGUGUUUUUAUUACGGAUGUAUUUUGUACGCAACCAGGCAAAUAUAAAAUGUUUUGUAUCCUUUGUACUCAAAAUGUUCUUAAGGUCGUGAUGCACAGCUCUCGUUUAUAAACACAAAUAUUGUGCCACUUAUUUUUAAAAAACCACAACUUGUGCCACUUAUAUUUCUGGGACGAUGAGAUAAGGUCUCGAAAGGUUAGAUUGGUGAGUUAUAGACGAGCAACACACACACACACACACACACACACACACACACACACACACACACACACACACACACACACACACACACACACACACACACACA